UUUUAGAGAAAAUAAACUUACUUUAUCUACGGUAGAUGAACAGGUUGUUCAAAUAGUUACAAAUGGGUAUCCUACCUUAAAUGAAUUGUUAACAUAAGUAUCGUAUCACAUUUUACACAACAAACGCAACUAUAUACUUAUAAGGACACGGUAUGCCAUGUAUAAACGCUUACUCACAUGAUCAGAAAUUCUCGGUAAAGCGGUAUUCAAUAUAUGGUAAUGGAAAUGUUAUUAUGUAAAGAAAUGCAACGUGCAGAACGGAAAAUGAUAAGGGCACCAUCCUGUCAAGCAAGCAAACAAAACUCAAGGUACACCACCAAUACAAGAACGUUUACAUCAAAGAUGAAAAGAGCAAAGAUACCUUCCCAACGAAGUAAACCUGCAUACAAUUGUCAUCCUUAUCGGAGGCGACAAUGUCACUCUUCAUGGCAACAGACUCGUGGCGACACAACGAUAGGAAGACGGUGCGCAGUGAACCAAGAUUCCAUUCAGAGACGAGACAACGCGAACGAACGCACCGGCGUCCACCACACCGCCUAGACAAUCGAGAGUCAACCGAAAGACAACCGAAGACCACAGACGACACCGCUACAGUAAUGAUGGUCGAGGUGGCCGGGCUGAUCGGGACACCUAGCAUACUCAUCGUGACUACUACAGACGCUAGGUAACAUGCGGUUAUUGGAACCCAAACGGUGUUAACAACGCCAAAUGCUCGGAAACUAUAUGAUUAGAAAUCAUAUCAAAUCACGUGCACUAGAGUACACAAAGAUAGAACGUUCGGAGGAAUGCCGUUUGUUUUCUUUAACGAGCUCUUCGAUACAAUAGUAUGACCGAUUAUCAUCUACGGCGCCGCCAUAUGGGAAGCUAGGGAAUUACCAUGCAUCAAAGCGCAGGAAGAUACUUCCUUGGGGUUUACAGGUACACACCGAAUGCGGCUGUCAAUGGACUUCCUUGGAGUUUACAGGUACACACCGAAUGCGGCUGUCAAUGGACUUCCUUGGAGUUUACAGGUACACACCGAAUGCGGCUGUCAAUGGACUUCCUUGGAGUUUACAGGUACACACCGAAUGCGGCUGUCAAUGGACUUCCUUGGAGUUUACAGGUACACACCGAAUGCGGCUGUCAAUGGACUUCCUUGGAGUUUACAGGUACACACCGAAUGCGGCUGUCAAUGGACUUCCUUGGAGUUUACAGGUACACACCGAAUGCGGCUGUCAAUGGACUUCCUUGGAGUUUACAGGUACACACCGAAUGCGGCUGUCAAUGGACUUCCUUGGAGUUUACAGGUACACACCGAAUGCGGCUGUCAAUGGACUUCCUUGGAGUUUACAGGUACACACCGAACGCGGCUGUCAAUGGACUUCCUUGGAGUUUACAGGUACACACCGAAUGCGGCUGUCAAUGGACUUCCUUGGAGUUUACAGGUACACACCGAAUGCGGCUGUCAAUGGACUUCCUUGGAGUUUACAGGGACCAUGAAUGGACAAAACACGGUGUUUGUGCCAAGGACGUUCCUGCAACAAAUGGAGAAUACAAUUACUUUAGGAAGGGGCUUGAACUCAACAGGAAGUAUCGCCUGCUCCAGAUCCUGGAAGUUGCGGGCAUAACACCAAAUCAGACGACUAAUUACACCAUUGGUCAAGUGCAUGACGCAGUGAAGAACACCACUGGGGUUGAGGCUGUCUUUAUGUGCUAUUGCGUUAGAAAGAGACGCAUGCACCCAGAAAAACGUUAUAUCCUGACCGAGAUUCAGAUCUGCCUCGAUAAAACGAAGUUCACUCCAGUUGCUUGUCCUAACGUACAAAUUAAACGAAACAGAUGUCCUGGUUUCUCCAAAUGUCCCAAACAUUUCUCGUAUCCGCCAAUACAGUAUGGUCCCGACGAAACGAUCUAUUUCGAAAGGUUUGGGGCGUUAUCUGGUAUCUGAUAAACGUGGAAAACAGCAACAAAUAAAGACAAUGCAUUCGUUUCAAUAUAUAAUAUAUAGAACAUAUAUUUAAAUACGUGAAGAUUGUAUACAUUAUUUAAAUCUUUACAACAAAUGUAUUUUCAUUUCACAAGUACAUGUAGGAAUGGUAAAAAAACACAAACUAUUGCGCCUUAAUACGCCAUAAUAAUGCCCAAUCAGAUUUGACCUUAUGUCAAAGGUCAAGUACACAAUAAGGGAUUACAAAGGCACCAAAACACAUCACUUGGCUCUGUCGUUGAAUUUAUUGUAUUAUUAUUUUAUUAUACAUUAUCGUCCUUCUUGGUACAUGUUUAUUUUGUUUUCUAUGUAGCAUUACGAUUGUUUUGUAGCAUUUAGGCAUUAUAUUGUAUUCCAUUUUUAAUCAUCUGAUAGUGCAUGAAGUCUCUUAUGUUUGAGUAUUUUUUUAAGCGUUAUCAAAAUAAACUUGUUCAUUUUCA